AUGAAACUCAAUGACAUCGAUCUUGUGACAGAUCGACGUAAUCUCCGUCUCUUGCUGGGUUUCGUGAGUGGCAAAAAGGGUCCAUUCCGUAUCGAUGUGGAGGUUGUCAAUAGCACAGUAUUGUUUUCCUGUUGGACCCAAAGAGCAGUUAACUAUGUUAAGGGGUUUCAUGGUUAUGGACAUGAAUUUGAAAAGGUAUCUACCCGCCAUCCAAAGGCAGUCAGGGAUAGCUUGACUCAUAAUCGAGUCAUUCGCUACAUGUUCGGGGAUGUUAAAAUUAUUAUGCGAUACGAAGUCGACGGCUGCACCGGGUCUGACAGGGACAUUCACAUGGCACCGCCUACAUCAGAAGUCCAAAAGACUCCCACAGGCUAUACAGUAAUAAAAUGUGGAAAGCUAGUCGCUCCAUCUCGUAUUAUCGAGAUCAAAACUGGAGCAGUUGGGAAAAAUCUGGAUAUCUCCAAGAACACAGAACAACUUUGGUUUUCCCAGACACCCUUUCUCUGUGCUGGUCAUUAUGAUGAGGCUGGGAAUUUUACAAACAUUACGAAAAAGAACUUCUUGAAGUUGGGGAAGCUCCAGAGGUGGGAGGACAACCAUCAAGAACAGUUGAAUAAACUUGCAACGUUGCUUCGAGUCAUUGUUGAGUUGGCUAAAGCAGCGGCUUGGAAGAAAUUCGCAUUAGUUCAGUCAGAAGGCGCAUUAAAAAUAUUUGGCUUGGCGAAUCAGAAUGAUAAAGGACUGCCUGUUGACUUGCACUCUAUGUGGGAGUAG